AUGCGACUAAAUUCGGCAAAGUGCACCUUCGGAGUCACUGGCGGAAAGUUCCUAGGCUUCAUGUUAUCACAAAGAGGCAUAGAAGCUAACCACGACAAGUGCCAAGCCAUCGUCAACAUGAGAAGCCCACGCAAUGUAAAGGAAGUACAACGAUUAGCCGGGCGCAUAGCUUCAUUGGCUCGUUUUCUGCCUUGCAUGGCCGAGAAGUCGAGACCCAUAAUGUCCUUGUUGAAAAAGGCCAGAAAGUUCCAAUGGACUGAAGAAUGCGAGUCCUCAUUUCAAAACUUCAAAAUAAUGCUCACAGCCCUGCCGUUGCUUGCAAAACUGAAUCCUCACUUAGAGAUGAUCAUAUACAUUUUUGUAUCAGACAAAGCUAUUAGCACGACUCUAGUGCAGGAACAAACGAAACAAAUGUCGGUUUACUUUAUCAGCCGAGUCCUGCAAGAUGCCGAGACUCGGUACCAACAUCUUGAGAAGACAGUCCUAGCCCUCGUACACACAGCCAAGCGUCUUCGUCACUACUUUCAAAGCCAUCGAAUCAUUAUCAGGACGGACAGCCCGAUUGUCAAGGUGUUGCGAAAGCCCGAACUAGCCAGACGGAUGGUCGCUUUGUCUAUAGAACUGUCACAAUUUGGCAUUCGUUUUGAACCAAGAGGGCCCAUCAAGGCACAGAGCAUGGCCGACUUCAUUAAUGAAUUCACCCUGGAAGCACUCUCCGAACCACACGUCUGGACUCUUCACAUGGACGGGUCAUCAAAUCAACAAGGUAGUGGUGUCGGCAUCAUACUUGAAGGUCCUGGCAAAGUGUUAGUGGAACUGUCACUAUGGUUCGGCUUCAAAGCCUCCAAUAACCAAGCCGAAUACGAGGCCCUUCUCGCAAGCUUAAGGUUAGCAAAGGACUUAAGUGUCACCAGAAUCAAAUGUUGGAGCGACUCACAAGUGGUAACAGGCCAGGUCAACGACACUUUCCAAAUCAAAGAGCCAACGCUAUUUUUGUACUUCCACGCUUUCCAGAAGCUGAAAAACAACUUCCAAGAGAUCCAUGUCGAGUACACCCCCCGGGAACUCAAUAUGAGGGCUGACCAAUUGGCUAAGUUGGCAAGCAGUAAGAAGAGAAGCCACUUACGAAGCAUCAUGCAACAAGAAUUGCAAGCGCCAAGUGUUAGGGAAACCGAAUGCUUGCACGUUCAGCAAGAAGAAGACAAUUGGAUGACCGGCAUAACACGUUAUCUAUCAACCAGAGAAUUACCCAGUAAUUCUCUCGAAGCAAAGAAACUAAGGGUCGUCGUCGCCCAGUACACGUUGGUUGCAGGAGAAUUGUAUAAGCGAGGCAUGUCGUCGCCCUUAUUGAAAUGCCUCACACCUGAACAAGCACACUAUGUCCUCCGGGAAAUCCACGAAGGUAUAUGCAGAACACACUCGAGAGGACGAACCUUAGCUGUUAAGGUCAUCUGA